GCCAUUUUGUGUGAAACUGAAACUUGUGUUUCUGUUGAAUCGUUAAGGUUAAGUGAGAGUGUAGUAUAUUUAAAUUAUAAUCACGUUUGCAUAAAUUUUCAAUAUAUUUGAAGUGAACCAGCGUUCUUGUUGUCAAAGAAACAAGAUUUACUCCAGAAGACCUCUGUUGAGUGCACCGAGUGGAAAAGAAGAGAACAUUGGACUAAAGUAUGUUCUUCAGUGCUUCUCGGGAACAGAUGUGUGCAUUUUGAACUUUAUAGCUAUUUUUGUGAACUUUAGUAUUUAGUAAUUUAAAGUUUAAUUUACCAAAAUUCCGGUCCCUGUAGCAAAAGUGGAGGGUGCCCAUUCCGGCAAGUCGAGGGAGGGGAAGAUGACCAAGCAGAGCCGUGGCAAUGCUAGUCGGGCCCCUCGAAUAAGGGGCCCAGAGCGAAAUAAUGUGGCAGCUAAAGGCGUUUAUAAUAAUGCUUCAUUCAUGCACUCUGCCACAUCCCUGGUCGGGAACACGGUCCAGAUACAAACACAGAACGGUUCCAUGUAUGAAGGAAUAUUCAAAACAUUCUCGACACAAUUUGAUGUUGUUUUAGAGGUAGCACACAAAGUGAAUCCAUUGGAUCCAGCACAGAUCAAUGUUGAAAAUGUAGUUGACACUUUAAUUUUUAAGCCCAAUGAUAUUAUUAUUAUGGAAGCAAUAAAUGUUGAUCUAGAAUAUGCGACAAGGGACACAUUUCAAACUGACACCGCUAUCAGUAAGUUCAAUGGACAAAUUGGUGAAAAAGAGCUGGAACCAUGGGAGGAAUCCACAAGCAAUGGAGAUGAUUACGAUUUGAAUGGUGCGACAGUGAACGGUUGGGAUGUCAACGAUAUGUUCAAAAAGAAUGAGCAAGCUUAUGGUGUAACUUCUACUUUUGACCAAUCGCUGCAAGGUUAUACUGUACCUUUACAAAAACAAGAUACCAAAGAGUUUAAGGAAGCCGAGGCAAAAGCUGCACAGAUCGCAAAUGAAAUAGAAAAUAACCCAAAUUACAAAGCGAGAAUUGAAUUAGAGAAUGGAGAUGAAGAAGAAAGGUUUGCAGCAGUCUCCCGACCAAUGGACACGACUAAUGAUGCAAGUAAACCAUAUAUGCCACCUGCCAAAAGGAAACACCAACAGGCUGGGAAGUUUGUAAGAAGCAAUCCCCCAUCACAGCCUGUAAUGUCACAGCCUCCUGUAAAACCCCCUCAUUCAUCUUCACUUCCAAAAUCACCGUUGUCUCAACAUAAUCCUCCACCAUUCCAGCAACAACCUCCCCCUCAACCACCAGCACCAAUGCGUCAACCCCCGCCAAACAAACCUCUAGUUCAAUCUCCUGUAACUACAGUUCCCUCCCCGGUAUCAUAUCCAACAAACCAGCAGCCCUUACCUCAGCGUGAGCAACGGAUCAACAGACAGAUGGAUCAGCAGAUUUCAAAAUCACAGAAGCCUCCACCUGGAUUGAGAACAGGCAGAGGGUAUCCGCCACCAGACAAUAACAGCAAUAUUGCUCCAAGGUAUCAGACUAAUGGAGAUGCAGAAAUGAGGAGUAGUCCUGCAACUACACCUUCAGACUCUAAACCACCACUGCCCAUGCCCCACAGCACUCACGUGAGACCUCCAGGCCCUCCCAUACCACACCCACAGGUUGUAGAACAUCCUCUUCCUCCCAAUUCACCCCAAGUGCUCUGCCACCCCCCACCAUUCACAAUGACUGCCCAACCUCCCAUGAUGCAACCUGUAGUAGAACAACGGAAAUCCCCAGUUACUGAUCAGCCUCCUCCUACCAAUCACCGCAAACCACCUAGACCUCGUGAUGACACUCUAACUGAGUUGAAAAAAUUUGGCAGUGACUUUAAACUGGCUGAUGUUAAUACAGAUGAUAACAAAAUGCAUACAAUUGUGGUGCUAAAUGAACCAGAACAAGUUAUGACAGAAAAUAAGGAACAGAAUAAUGAAGUGGAUAAAGUGUCUUCGACAUUGAAAAAAUCUACACUCAAUCCUAAUGCUAAAGAGUUUAAACCUUUCACUCCUCGUUCUCCGAGUACACCUACUCCUUCAAGGCCACACACACCGCAGACUCCCAAUUAUGGGCCGAGUCCAGCUCUGCCAAACAUGGUGGUGCCGGCAACCUACGUGGUAACUGGCCAACCGACCUUCAAUGCUACACCAAACCAGGGUCAUCGCUACCGCAAGGUACCAAUGCCUGUUUCACAUCGCCCAGACCUAUCACAGCAGAUGCAAGUGGCUGCCGCCACUGGACAACCACUUCUCGCCCCCGUUCCCAUGGGCACGCACUUCACCGUGCCUUACACUCCGCAGCGCCACCUCGCCCCCCAGUCCUACCAGCAGAUGAUGAUGCACAUGAUGGCUCAGCAAGGUGGUGGAAUAGUGCCUUUAGUCCCCACUUCUAUCAACUACCACCACGAGUCGCCUACCCAGCAAGGCCCGCAACUGCAAUACAUGAGUCCCGCAGGGAUGGCUCCUCCGCAUCCUCAUCAUCUUCACCCGCACGCUCAUCCAGCACCCAACACGGCCCCUUCUCCUGGGCAGACUUCUGGCUACCCUCCGUCUCCUGCCAGCAACUAUCCACAGCCCUUGCCUCCACCACCGCACCCGCCUAACGCUCCACCCACUCAUGCCUACCCCAUCAUGUGUCUGCCCACCCAGCCUGCUCCUAACGGACCCCAUACUCCUCACCACAUGAUGGCGGCAGCGCAGCAGUACAUCCAUCAUCACCAUCAACACCCACAAGACGUCAACCAGCAGCCUCCAUCCCACAUUCAGGUCCUUGUUCCACACAACCAAUGAUGAGAGAAAUAGCGCUGCAAUUAGUAAAUACUCAUAGAUCGUAAAUGCUGGAAUUUUCAGUUUUUAUUGAGAUCUUGCUGCAUGGCUUCAAACCCAACCCCCUGUUACAUUGAGGUAAAAAAUUUAUCAGAAUUGGCAACGAUUUAUAAAGUGAAUUCCCAAGUGAUAUUUACAAAUGAAUGACGUCACAUCAAGUGAAUGUAGAAAAUUAACUGUGGAAGUUAAAAUUAAUUAAAAAGAGCCUAACUUAAAAACUACAUUUACAUAAUGACAAAAACACAAGAAUCCAAGCAAAAGCAAGUCUUUUAUUUUUUAUCAGAAAAGGCUAUAUAUAUAUUUAUUUAAAAUGUUGCUUUAUCAUGUAACAAACAACAAUUAUAUGUCGAGAUCUGCAAAGUUCUUUUAAAGUUGAAAAAUAGUUUAUAUUCUGAUGAGUAAAUAACAUUUUAAACUUUAACUUAUUAGAAAUAAAUAAUGAUUUAUAUUCAGCCUCAAAGCCAUAAAAUCUAGUGUGGAAUUUGUUGUAAUUACUAAAGAUUUAUGAAAUAUAACUUGGGAAUAAAUACAACAGUAUUAAGUUAGGCCAUGUUACCAUCCACAGGGACAUUGUCCAUUCUUUAGUUUGUAUCUUGUUGAGGUCAAACAACGAUUAUGUGUAUUGUACUCUUAUUACAAGAAGAAGCAAUAAAUGGUGUAAAAUUUUUUUAAAGUUAAAAAGUUAUUUUUUCAAAAGGCAUUGUCUGAAUAUUCUUAAUAUAAUGCAUUGCCUUUAUAUUAGCUUGACAAUCAUUUCAAAAUGUUUUAUUGGCAAAGAAUUGAUGCCAUGCAAUAAAUAAAAUAAUUCAUCAUCUCUGUUAAAACAAAAUGGCUCUUAUAUAAGCAAAGUUGUAUUAAAAUUCACAUACUCUUCCUUUUUUAUUACUUGAAUGCAGCUGAAUUAAAACCAGAGAUGGUUGAUGUCAUUUUGACAAAAUUGUAAUGAAUUCCCUCUCCUUUACCCCCUCAAAAGCAAAACAACAACAAAUAAUCUAAGUUGUAUUUAUAUAUCCUUAAAAUUAUUUUUCUUGUAGUUUUGUUAUCUUCUGUGGUUGUUAUAAUAUUUUUACUGUACUUUGUAUUAUUUUGUUUGUAAUUACUUUCAAAAAAUUUUUAGUAAAUUUUGAUAAUUAAAUGAAUUAAUAAAAUGUUGGUAACUGUAAACACAUAUAUACAUGCUUACAUAAGCUAACAACCGUCAAGAUAUAUGAUGGAUUUGUUGUAAUAAAACAUAAUUUAAUCAAUGAUUUUAAAUUUAUUAUUUCAUUAUUGUUAACUUCAACACUAUUGUUUAAUGUUAAAAAAAGAAACAGUAAAACCUAUUUAUUAUGUAUAGUUUUUGUAUUAAAUAAUUUCAGCAGAAUUGUAUUUUCAGUAAUCAGGACGUUUUCACUGAACUUUUAUUUUGCUGAAAUGUGUUUUGAAAUACAUUAAUUCAAAGUCAAAUUUAGCAUGUAUAUUUUGUAAAAGGUUUUGUAAUUGAAAGUAUAAUAUUAAAGUUAAUCUUGAAAUAAAAUUUAAAAACCAUUGUUAAAAGACAGUGUUUACUUUAUUAUAAUUACUAAGCCAAGUAAAAUAUUUAAUACCGUUUUUAUACAGAGUUACAACUAAUUUGAAUUAAUUCUUUAGGGAACAUAACACUCUAAGAUUGAUCAAAUAUCCAAGUUAAGUAAUAAAUAAAAUAUUGUCUUUAUAUACAUUAAUGUUUUACAGAAACUGUAGUUUUUACAAAUUCACUUAAUUUGAAUAGAUAACAAAAUCCAUAAUUUGGGUCUUAAAUUAAAUUAAAUUUUUAGAGCUGUUGCACUUUUCCACUAUUUAAUAUGAGUCUUUAUAUAUUUAACUAAACUAUCUUACUUUUUGUUAGACUCAAAUAGGUAUAUAAUAAAUAAUUGUUAUACAGACAUAGGCUAUUGUGCAUUUGAUAUGUUUAAAAAUACUAACUGGGGAUUAAUUUCCAUUAAGCUUAUGAGAAUUCAAUAACCGAGCAUAUACAACAAGUCAUGGUGGUUAAUGUCUAUAAUGAGACUAGAAAUAUUUCUUGUUGACUGGAAAACUGGCUAUUAUGUGAUAGUUAAACUGCAUAAACUUCUCUGUCUUCUUAAGUAAGGCUUAUUUUAUAUAUAUGUUUGUGAUAAAAGUAGACUAGAUAUUUGUAAAAGCUAUAAGCAACCAAGUUUUGACAUUUUUUACUUUGCGCAGUUACCAAAAAUGUCUCUUUCAAACAUUCUGGUCACUAAAUUUCUGAUUACAGUUAUUUUUGUAAGCUUUGUACAAACUCCAUUCAGUAGGCUUUAUUUUUUAUUUCCUGCAGUUAUGUAACAUAAACUUUUGAAGGGCCUACGUAAUAUUCUGCAGAACAUUAUAAUACCAUUAUAUUUAUUGUCAAUUAGUGUACAAGUAUAUAAAUACAAUAAUACUAUCGUUCGUUAUUGCGAGGUGUGAUGUUUCAGACAUUACUAAGAGAAUUUUACAAACAAUGAAACAAAAAAUUAAAUACACAUUGAAUAUGAAGUGAGCACAUUGUACGGUACAGGUAUAUAAGUGUUUGGUCCUCCGUGUAAACAUACCAGUAUUGGUAACAGGUAAUACAGCCAUAUUAUGUUGGUGAUACAUUUUGAUAAAUAAUUUUAGAUACAUUGUUAAUUUAUACAUACAAUUUAUGUAUAUAUCAUCUCGAGCAUAUACCUACAUGAGUCCACUUUGACAUGAAUAACUAACUUGAUUUCAAGAAUAAAUUCAUAUUUAUUAAAAUUUUGUCACCAUGAAUUGAAACUUACACAUUUUACUUAGCUGCAGUAAAAAGAUUUUUAUUGACUUAAACAGAUUGAAAACGUUCAGAUAAACUUAGGGAGUUUUCAAAAACUUGUAAUAUUGAGCUUUUUAAUGUUUUGUUAAUUUAUUUAUUACAUAUUAAGAACCGCCAUUUUAUAUUUGUGUUAUGUGGUAAAUUUUUGUGAAUCUACAAUAAUGCAUAGUUACUUGCUAUAUAUAUAAUGUUUUAUAACCUUUUCAUGUUUCUUUUCUUUAUUGUUUUGUAUUGUUUGUUACCUUUUUUUACAUAACUGUAUUCCAUAGUGGUAUUCUUAAUAAGCUGAACAGUGAAAGUGCAACAGCUUAAAUAAAUAAAACAAUUCAAUCUGUAAAACUUAACGUUAUUGUUUAAUGGAAUAGCAUAAAGUUUUAAGCUUAUAUUUUUAAGAUGUGAAUCCAUUGAUUUAUUAAGUUAAAUUAAUACAAUAAUGUUACAAUGCCAGUUAAAAAACCAUAACAUCAUGGUUAACAAACCACAUACACAUACAUGAUAUUGUCUUUUUAAUCUUGGAAAUUAUUAUAUAAAAUGUAUUUUUACUUACUAUAAAAACUGUAUUGAUAGUGCAAAGUUUAUUUCAGGCUUUGUUUAACCAAAUCCCUGUUUUGACCUUGCAUUGUUAUUUUUCUUGUAUUAAAUAUAAAAAUAUUUAAAGUUGUUGUUUUGUAA